AUGAAAAUGCGAAUAGCUAUUUUAAUUUUCCUUACAUAUUUUAUUGGAAAUAUUUUAUGUGUCGAAUUAGAUUCGAUCAAAGAUGAAGCGGUGUUUCAAGGAAAGUGCAGUUCAAAUCUUUGCACGCAAUUGUGUUAUGAGGUGAAAAAAUCUUUUAGUCACUUAUGUCAAUGUACUGUAAUGACUUUCCAAUUGCAGUUACACGAUGGAAUGUUUGAAUGCGAUUGUACUCAAGGAUACGAGCUUAAUCUAGAUGGAUACAGUUGCAAACAGAAAAACAUAUCAUACAAUUUAUCAUACAAUGAAAGUAAAUUUAAUGACGACUUCAGCUCAUCAGACGUAUUUUACCAAAAAGGUGUCUCAUUCAGCGCUAAAUUAGGAGAAGCUGAAGACAUCACAUCAGAAUCUGGAAAUGAAAAAGAAUCUUUCAAAGAUUAUGACAAUCAAAACUAUAAAAAUUCUGGGAUUAACGAUAUUCAAGAUGCUAUCAAUGUAUUCAACAUUGAAGGGUCUUUCAAUAAUAAAUCAAACGAUGAACAUUUGUAUCCUAAACUGCCAGACGUAACAGUAAACAUACCAAGAUUUUAUCAAUCUUCAUGGCUUGCGUUCCGACCGUUGAAAGGCGCAAAUUUAGUAACCGAAAUAAACAUUGAAUUUCGGCCUGAAAUGUCAAACGGCAUACUACUUAUAAGUGGAGAAAAGGAGGAUUUGAAUGGCGAUUUCAUGGUUCUCACUUUGAGCAAUGGCUUUAUUGAGUUUUUGUUCGAUUGUGGUUCAGGAAGGUCAUCAAUAAUCAGAUCAUCAGAGAAAGUGAUGUUGCAUCAAUGGAACACGUUAAUCAUUUAUAGAUAUCGAUGGGAUGCUUGGCUGGAAUUGAAUGAGAAAAGACGAAUCAGAGGACGAUCUGUAGGAAUAUUUUCAAGAAUAACUUUUCGAUCUUUAGUCUUUCUCGGUGGCAAAGGAAACUUCACAACUGAAGCACUUUUGAAGAAGAAAAUUCACUCAACAAAAGGUUUCAGUGGUUGCAUCAGAAAAUUCAUUAUCAAUGGACAUCAAUAUGAACUUUCAACAACAUCAAGCAGUGAUGUAAUAGCAUCAUCAAAUUUGAAUGAGUGCACUAUCGAUCAAUGUAGUUUCAUAAAAUGCCUUCACGGUGGAAAAUGUCAAAGUAAUUCAGCAUCAUGUCUUUGUCCUCUUGGGUUUGGUGGAGAAUUCUGUGAGAAGAAGCUUGAUUUAAAGUACCCAAUGUUCAAUGGAACGUCAAAUCUAAGAUAUGCUUCGCUAGGUGAUUCCGCUAUUAUAUGGUUGGAAGUCAAGGUUGUGCUUAAGCCUCAUAUUGAAGACGGCCUAAUUUUAUUCAGUGGAAAAAGUGAUUUCGGAGAUUUUAUCGCAUUAUACUUAAACUUUGGAUUUGUUGAGUUUAUGUACGACUUGGGAAGUGGUUUAACAUCAGUAAAAAGUAAAUUUCCUAUAACGAUAAACGAAUGGCAUACGAUAAAAAUAUCAAGAACAGCACGCUUAGCUGUCAUGAAAGUUGAUACCCAACCAGAAGUUAUGACAAUUUCACCAAAUGGAUUUUGGCAUCUCUCACUUGCUACGAGUAUCUUUUUAGGAGGAAUAUCAAAGCCUAAUUUAUUACCAACAAAUUUGAGAGAUAAAGGAUCUUUCGUUGGAUGCAUUAAAGAAUUUGAAUUGAAUGAUCGAAAAAUUGGAUUAAUAGAAGAUGCCCUUGGAGGGUACAACGUCGGAAGUUGUCCGUUUAAUGAUCUUUCAGUUAUCAACAGGCCUCAGUCAAUAAAUGUUAAUCAAACCAAUUUAUCAGAUCAAAUUAAAAAGCAAAAUGAUUUUGAAGGGACAAACAGUCACAUUAAACAAGAGAAGAAAAAAUAUUCGUUCGAUGUCAUUGAAGAUAUGAGUGUCAACACCAAUUUAAAUGUAAAGAGUUUUGAUUCGAAUAAUUCAUUAGAAAUGGAUGAAAAUGAUAACGAAAUUAAGGAUGACGCAAUACAUAACAGAAUUGUUCGAGUAUCACUCCAAAAACCAUCUGCAAAUGACAAUGAAUUAUGCUUCAAAGGAAACGCCAGUAUCGUUUUUUAUGAUAUUCAUAAACUAUUAAAAUCACCGGAAAAACAUGAAACUAGAAUAAAUAUUCGAUUUAAAACAUUUUCUGCUAAUGGAUUGCUGUUGCUUGUAUAUCAAAAACAAUCAAUUAAGUUUCGAUCAUUUCUAUCUUUGAGCAUUGAGAACGGUUAUAUGCAUUUACGAUUUGGCCAUACGACAACAAGCGUUGUUAUUAAAUCAGAUGAGACUAAAGUUGAUGAUGGACUUUGGCAUCGAGUUCGAGCAAAAAAUCUCAAGGGAACUUUAAGAAUUGAUGGUGGACGUUCGUUCACAAGUAGGAAAAGGGACAAAAAUAAGUUUGCAUCUUUAACUCCAGGGCUAUAUUUAGGUGGUACAUCGGCCUUUUCAUCUUCUCUGCCAGCCUUCAAAGGAUGUAUAUCGGAUGUUAUUUUAAAAACAGAUAACCAUGAGCAUCACUUAGAUUUGAAACAAAUGCAAAAUGUCAAUUCAGAUGAAAAAUUAUGA